AUGGUCAAUGAAUUGAACUUGACAACGAACUCAUCGGUAACAUGGCAUACAGGUGUUAAUGUUUCUACCUACAGAAGUUACUUUCCACCUGGAUCUAUUGAAAUACUCACACUUGUAGAUUUCGUCGUCAUCUACACCGUCAUCUCUGUUUUCGGCAUCGUCGCCAACGUCGUCAACAUUGUCGUCUUCUUCAAAAUGGGGCCGCAGGAUUCAGUCAACAUCAGCCUCCUGGGUCUGUCCAUCUCCGACUUCUGCUUCCUUCUUCUGACUCUCUUCUUAAGCAUCUGCUACUAUCCCUUCUGGCAGUACGCCGACCAGAGCUUCAACAUCGUCGAGAUGAAGAUGCUGACCUUGGGUUGGCCUCAGUUCUACUUCAAGAGAGUCGGCAACUGGAUCACCGCCUUCAUCAUGCUGGAGAGAUGCAUCUGCAUCGCGCUGCCCCUCAAGGUCAAGGACAUCAUCACGCCCAGGCGCACCGUCGCCAUCUUGGUGCUGAUCCACGUGGUCAUGGCGCUGGCUAUCUCUCCGGCGUACGUGUCCACCAGCUACCAAGCUCAGUGGGACAGCAAGAAGAACCGAACCAUGAUCGUAUUCGUGUAUCACGAGAACUCGGCGCAGAUUGAUGCCAUUUCCUCGGCCAUCUCUUUCACCUUGACCAUCAUCACGUUCGCGUGGGUGUUUAUCUGCACUUUAAUCCUGGUGGUCAGCUUGAGGAUUAAAGGAAAAUGGCGCAAGGAGAUGGCCGGGCAAGACAAGUCCAAGAAGGUCACGUCCAGAGAUCAGAAGGUCAUCAAAAUGGUCACUCUCCUCUCCGUAGUCUUCAUCAUUUCCUUCACUCCCGACGUUAUCGUCCUUCUCUUUAUGACCUUUGACUACCGCGUGUCCGUCUACGGCGAUUAUUUUGACCUCUUCUUGACCCUGAACGGCAUUAGCGAGCCCUUCCUUGCCAUCAGCGCGUCCGUCAACAUCUUCGUCUACCUGACCAUGAGCUCCAAAUAUCGCGAGAUCUACACGAGAUGUUUCUAUGUGCCCAGGUCGUGUCAGAAAAAAUAA